CGGGCAGGAGGAGGGGAGUGUGUGUGCGAGCUGCGCCUGGCUCACUGAGGCCGGCGGCUGCCUGCGGAGCGGAGGCUGCAGCGGCGGCGCGUUUGGAGAGCUGCGGGUCCCCCUCGCCACCAUGUCCCCGCGCUGCGCGGCGGCCGCCUCGCCGGGAAGGGCCGCCGCCCCGGAGGACACGGGAGGAUGAGGCGGAGGCGGCGGAGGAAGGAGGAGGCGGCGAGGCAGGCAGGGGGAGGCCGGAGGAGGCGGAGGGGCGGCGGAGGAUGAAGUGGAGUGUCCGGGGAGCCUGCGCCGCGCUCUCCAGCUGCCUCCUGCUCGCCUGCGCGCUCAGCGCCGCCGCCGUGGGCCUCAAGUGCUUCUCGCUGGGCUCGGAGCUCAAGGGGGAGCCCUUCCGCCUGGGCACCGCCGCCGGCGCCUUCUACUCGGGGCUGCUGCUGGCCGCCGGCCUCUCGCUGCUGGGCUCGGCGCUGCUCUGCUGCCGCCCGCCGGAGGGGGAGGCGGCCGGGGGGCAGCAGCCCGCGGCGGCGGGCGGGGGCGGCGAGGCGGCGCCGCCGGGGGGCCGGCAGAACUUCCUGCUGCUGGGCGUGCUGGUCUUCAUGCUGGGCGUGCUGAGCGCCUUCGCCGGGGCCGUCAUCGACGGCGACACGGUGUCGCUGGUGGAGAGGAAGUACUCGCACUACUGCGGCCCGGCCCCGGGCGGCGGCGGCGGCGGCCCGCGGGCGGCGAGCGCGGCGCUGCGCUGCCAGAAGCUGCGGGACUACCAGCGCGGCUUGGUGCUCUCCACCGUCUUCAACGCGCUCGAGUGCCUGCUGGGCCUGCUCAGCCUGCUGCUCGUCCGCAACUACAAGGCGGCCCAGCAGCGCGGGCUCCGCCGGCAGCGCCGCCGCCAGCAGCAGCGGCCGGCGCCCGGCGGGAGGAGACGGAGGCGGCGGCGGGGCGGAGGCGGGGGAGCGGGAGGGCGGCGGGCGCCAAGGCCGAGCCAGGGCUCCAUCUUCUCCAGCGAGGAGCCCGAGCUGUCCCCCGCCGACUGCCCCUUCCAGGCAGUCUCCUACAUCAACGUGGGCGUCUUCCACGUGUUCGACGAGGCCGGCGUGGAGGUGCACUGUGGCGGGCACCCCUCCCUGGAGCUGCCCGGCUACUCGCCCAUGGACCCCGAGCUCAACCCCUCCUACCCCUAUUGCUACCCACUGCCCCACGAGCAGCCCCCGGCCUAUGAGGAGAUCUACCCCGGGGAGCCCUGCGCCAACAGCAGCUAGCGAGGGGCCGGCCCCGGGGACCCGCACCUGCGCUGACAAUCAGCCGCUGGCACCAGGCAGCCCCUGCCACAGCUUUUGGGGGACAUACCCUGGGCAGCAUCAGCCCCCUCUCCUCACCUCAUCGGCCCGCGCAAGAAGUGUGCGUUCCUCGUCUCUCCGCGCUAAAGCCCGCUGCGGCUAAGCGCCUUGCAAAAGAUCAGCCUCAGUCUCCCACACCCUCGAGCUUCAUCACUGCAUUUCGUGAGACCGUGACCAGAGCCCCACCGUCCGCUGCUCCUGCUGGUGAAGAAGGCUGGGGCGUGACUGAGCAAUCCCACUAGUACAUUUUUCACUAUCAUGGUUCUGCCUGCUGGAGUUUUUCAUCUGUCUUGUCUGCUAAAUAUCAAGAUCAAGUUUUAAAAUGCUGGACAAGAACCAUUUAGGAGUUGGUUCUUCCCGUCCUGAUGUCUCUUUGGCCAAAUUUUUUUUAAGUGAAUCAUCAUCAUAGUCUUUUCUUCAGCUUUAAAACGGUACAAAAGUAUACCAUUUAUGAUAACCAGCCAGGGUAAGGGGGAAAGUGUAAGGAAGCUUCUUUACCUCUCAAACAGAGAAAUUUUUAACAACGAAAAGACGUUCCUGUAAUGUUUACCACAGCUGUUUGGGGAAAUUCUUAUGUUUACACUUUCUUGAAGAUUUAAAUUCUAUUUAAAAUGUAGUGAGAAUUAAACCCUGUGUUGGGUCUGGUAGGGUGCACAUUAAACCCCCCCUGCACUUUCAAAAGGAAAAGGAAACAGCAACAUUUUUGUACACUAAUGUGCCUGCUUUUGUUGUUAACUUCUUACUGUAAAAGCUUUCGAAAGCCUACAGCGAAAAGGUUUGGUAGAUUCAUUGCAAUCUAAAAUUAAUCACUUUACUAAAAUAAUUGAGAUGUUAUUGGGAUAUAGCAAUUAAAAGGAAGUCCAAAUGUCAGGUACAUUCCUUUUUGUAAACAAGUUCUGUGUUUUUAAUGCGAGGCAGGGCUCAUUUUUGUUUUACACAAGUUUAAUUUUGUACAACUAUAUAAUUUCUCUUGUAAAGAAUUUCAUCUUACUGUUAUAAAUUCAUCAAUCUGGUAAGCUUGAAUAUUAAAGUUUAUUUUAAAAUAUA